AUACCCCAAAGGUACGUGUAGCUAUUAUAAUUUAUAAUAUAACUCAUAAUAUAUAACAUAUAAACAGUAAUAAUUUGCAACAGACGGACCUCCUCCACCGCUGUAAGUCAAGCGGACGUGAACGCAGCACACGUCGUGGCUGCUGCUGCUGUCACUUGACCUGCAACACAACAACACACAUUUCUCACAGUUUAUUCACAGUCAUCUGUUUAAAACCCGGCCAGCAUGAGUUUGGAGGCCUGGUUCAUGGACAGCUCUGAUGAAGACCAGAGGAAGCCGCACAGACUGAGCCCAGAUCAGCCCGUUUCCCUGGAUGAACUGAAAACACUCGGGGUCUUUUACUGGAAGCUGAAUGCUGAUAUCUAUGAAACAGACCCAGAGCUGGAGCAGAUCCGUAAAGAGCAAGGCUACUCCUAUAUGGACAUUAUCACGAUUCACAAGGACACGCUACCUAACUAUGAGGAAAAGCUGAAGAUGUUCUUUGAGGAGCACCUACACUUGGAUGAUGAGAUCCGCUACAUCCUGGAUGGACAGGCCUACUUUGACGUCAGGGACAAGGAGGACCGAUGGAUCCGGAUUGCCAUGAACAAAGGGGACUUGAUCACCCUGCCGGCCGGUAUCUACCACCGCUUUACCCUGGAUGAGACCAACUACACUAAAGCCAUGAGGCUGUUUGUCGGGGAGCCGGUGUGGAAAGCCUACAACCGUCCCGCUGAUGACUUUGAGAUCCGACACAAGUACGUGGCUUCUCUGCAGGGAUCCUGAGAGAGGGCUGCAAACUACAAAGUGGAUUUCAUGUGACCAGCGUUUAUACUAGAAUCAGUUCUUCUAGCGUGAGUAGGUUUACAGUGAGAAUGUUGUGGAUGAUUAACAAUGUCCUGUAGCAGAGCAGUUUAGUGCUGAAUAAAAUGACAUAGCCGACAUGGAGACAAUCUCAGAAGUGGAGCUUCAAUUAGUACAUUCACUUAAAGAAGUCUUUACAUUUGAUCCUAUUUUACUACCACUGGAAAUACUGCCUUACAGGAAAAAUAAUGCAAUAAUAUAACGGGGCCAUUGUCAUGAGUACUUGCAUAUUAUAAGUUUGCAUGCAUGACUUACAAUGGAGCAUCACUUACUUCAGUUUAGAGUCUGAAUACUUCUUUCUCCACAGGACAGUCUGUCUGUAGUGCCUUAUUCUCUUAUAAGGCUUGUAUGGUGUUAGGUGCUAUCAGACUAAACAUGAAUCAAUGAGCAGUAUUUUCUAAUUACAUGUUCAAAUAUCUCUGUAUCAGAAGUGAGCGAUGUUAAUUGAUGUGCAGCAUCUGACAGAUUAAUGUGAUUUUUCUUUGUUCUAUGGAGAAUAAAGCUGCUAUUUUCACUCUGAUUGUUUGACGUCAUCUGUCCAUAAAACCAGGCAAGGUGAUUUAAAAGAACAGCUUUAUUUAAGAUAAAACAAAAUUUUAAUAUACAUAAAUAUGAUCAACACAAUAUGUAAACAGUGAUAAUUAGAGAUCCACCAGGACAAAUCACUAAAAGAUUUAACAAGAAAAAUGUUUUGAUAUAAUCAUUUAAACAGGAGAAAAAAAAUCACCUUCUUUGAUAUGUACAAUUUUAGAUUUCUAAUAUUUUACAUUUUUGUUUUGUGGACAGGCUACGAUGCAAUCUGAAGGGCUUAUUACUUUUCACUGCGUGAGUUAAUAAACCUGGCAGCUGAA